AUGGACCAGUCAGUCAUCAUCGUCCCCUCCAUCGCAAGACCAAGCAGGAAGGCAUCCUCUUUUGAAAGAGAAGGAUGGUGGAGAAUAGCAUUAACAAAUACUCCUAUCCCUGGCACUUACCACUUGAAAACCUUUAUUGAAGAAUCCCUAUUAAAUCCAGUGAUAACAACCUACAAUUUUAAAAAUGAAGGAAGGAGAAGGCCACCUCUUGUGCAAAGAAACAAUCCAGUACUAAAUGAUCUUCCCCAGUACAUGCCCCCUGACUUCAUUGAACUGUUAAAGAAGCAAGUGGCCACUUACUCGUUUAAAGACAAACCACGGCCAUGCCCCAGCGGGCUGGUUUACAAAGACCAGUCAAUUAAGCUUUCACCAGGACAAUACAAUAUACUUCCUGCUCCUGUUCCCAAGUAUGCUUCCAGGAGUUUUGUGUUUCGUUCUACUGUCCAAAGAUUCCCAACAGGCUGCUUUAUUCCUCAUGAAGGCCCGGGACCAGGUCAUUAUAACUUGAAAAUACCUUCAGCAAGUUCUAUUACUUCUUGUUUUCAAUCCCGUGUACCUCGAUUCCUGCCUUCCCGUUCAAAAACCCCAGGCCCAGGAGCAUACACAAGUUCAAGACAAUUCCCCAAGCAGCCCCGGACCAUAGCUAAAAUGGGCCAAGAACACAGCCUCUUCUUCAACAACACAAUUGACUUUUCAAAAUAA